UGGGCUACUGACUCUUCCUUGUGGUAGCCAUAGCAACCAACACUAUUCGGACCAUAACACCACACAGAUGCAUUUAGCUGGUACAACUACCAGAAAAAAUUUGUUUGGGAAAACCACCUACGAAAGUAACUCAACGGCAAAUGGACUAAUACUGUCUGCCUCAACAUUACUACCGGUCGGUGACCUUCACCAAACUGUCUCCGACAACAGCAUUAUAGGGCUUUCACAAAACCAAACAGUGUGUCUUUCUUCCUCGAGUGUUUCUAACCCUUCCCCAGACCUCAAUGUUAUUCCAUGUUUGUACCCGCCUUUGCAUUCCUCAACAUACUCUUAUCUUCCAUCACCCUUGUCUCCAAGUCCUCUGCUUUCCUCCAGGUUGUCCCCACCUUUUCUGAUCC